GGCUUCAAAGGCUUUCUUUUAUGGUUUUCACUUUUCAAAGAGUUAAUUCAUUCGCCAGAAGCUGAAGAACCCACCACUGUCUCUGCGGCGAAAGUUACCGAAGCGAAGAUCUCCGAUCAGCCAUGAAUGCCCCCGACCGAUACGAACGAUUCGUCGUCCCUGAAGGCACCAAAAAGGUUGCUUAUGAUAGGGACACGAAGAUCAUCAAUGCUGCUUCCUUCACGAUUGAGAGGGAAGACCAUACCAUUGGAAACAUCGUCCGCAUGCAACUUCACCGCGACGAAAAUGUUUUGUUUGCUGGAUACCAAUUGCCUCAUCCUCUCAAGUACAAAAUCAUAGUCAGGAUUCACACUACAAGUCAGUCUUCCCCGAUGCAAGCAUACAAUCAGGCCAUCAAUGACCUGGACAAGGAGCUUGAGUAUCUGAAGAACCAAUUUGAGGCAGAGGUGGCCAAGUUUUCGACUCAGUACUAAGGAGCUCCGAGUUCCCUAUCUGCAUUUCGGAAAACGUUUUACAUUGUCCUCAUCUAAGCACCAACUAAAAGACUUACAAAGAGCUUGUUGCUUGUAUAAAUUAGAAACAAAUUUUCCUGUAACUUGUUUUAAUUCUAUGUUUUGGCUCUAUUUCCGGCAGCUAAGAAAUAACACUUGGAUUACAGUGUCUUUUUACCAUUUUAUCUACCGAAACUUCUUCAUA